UCCCCGGCACCCGUGUCUGUCCCCCCUCGUCCGCCGCCCGUCCCCACUGCGAGAGGAGCGGUGGCAGUGCAUGGGCAUCCGUCUGUGUGUGUCUGUCUGUCUCAGCACCUCCAUCGCACACAGCUGCCUUUUGUGGCCUUCCUUGGCUGCUCCGUGCCCACGGGGGGCGUAUGGGACCCCCUCUUUGUUCUGGUCGGUGUUGGAGGGUGUGCACGCGCGAGGGAUGAUUUUGGAAGGUGGGAGUUGGAGGCUCUUUAAUUAUUCCAUCGAGAAUGGCGGUCCAGGUUCACCACUUGGCGGCAGCUGCGUGGUGGGGUCUGCACCUGCCCAGAUGUGAAACAGUUCCGUCUUCAGCGUGCAAGAGAGGACAGGGGUUAAAAUGAAUGAAGACCUGAAGGUCAAUUUAAGCGGGCUGCCUCGGGAAUAUUUAGAUGCCGCUGCUGCGGAGAACAUCUCAGCUGCUGUCUCCUCCCAGGCUCCUGUUACUGAGCCGGAGCCUGAGCUCGUAGUCAACCCCUGGGACAUUGUCCUGUGCACCUCGGGAACCCUCAUCUCCUGUGAAAAUGCCGUUGUGGUCCUUAUCAUCUUCCACAACCCCAGCCUGAGAGCACCCAUGUUCCUGCUGAUAGGCAGCCUGGCUCUUGCAGACCUGCUGGCCGGUAUUGGACUCAUCGUCAAUUUUGUUUUUGCCUACCUUCUUCAGUCAGAAGCUACCAAGCUGAUCACCAUUGGACUUAUUGUCACCUCCUUCUCUGCCUCUGUCUGCAGCUUGCUGGCUAUCACUGUGGACCGCUACCUCUCUCUCUAUUAUGCCCUGACUUAUCAUUCCGAGAGGACGGUCACCUUUACAUAUGUCAUGCUGGUCAUGCUCUGGGGGACCUCCAUCUGCCUGGGGCUGCUGCCAGUCCUGGGCUGGAACUGCCUUCAGGACGAGUCCACGUGCAGCGUCGUCAGACCUCUGACUAAGAACAAUGCUGCCAUCCUUUCUGUCUCUUUCCUCUUCAUGUUUGCGCUAAUGCUUCAGCUCUACAUUCAGAUCUGUAAGAUUGUGAUGAGGCAUGCCCAUCAGAUAGCCCUGCAGCACCACUUCCUGGCCACGUCGCACUACGUGACCACCCGGAAAGGGAUCUCAACCCUGGCUCUCAUCAUGGGGACCUUUGCUGCUUGCUGGAUGCCUUUUACACUCUAUUCCUUGAUAGCAGAUUACACCUACCCCUCCAUCUACACCUAUGCCACCCUCCUGCCUGCCACCUACAACUCCAUCAUCAACCCUGUCAUAUAUGCUUUCAGAAACCAAGAGAUCCAGAAAGCCCUCUGCCUCAUUUGCUGUGGCUGCAUCCCACCCAGUCUGUCCCAGCGAGCGCGGUCACCCAGUGACGUGUAGCAGCCUUCCACCUAAGAAGACACUGCCCACGACAAGCACUUCCACUGCCAGCAGUCGACCUGCUUCCUUUAAAUCCUUUGCCAUGGUUUUC